AUGCCUGUGAUUGGUAUUGAUUUUGGCACUAGUUUCAGUUCAGUGGCUAUCCCGAUUGGUGGCCAAAUUGAGGUUCUUCGUCUCCCCAUCGAGGCAGCCUCACCAUCGACAAACGGUUCACUACCAGGGAUACCUAGUACGGUACAAUUCACCGCUUGUGAACGUUUGGUUGGAACUGAUUGGUCUCGAACCGAAACCAAUGUGCAAAAUCGUGUUUUUCACAUAAAACGUUUAAUGGGUCGAGCCAAAGCUGCAGUGGUUCAAAUGCAGCAACAAUCUGUUUGGCCAUUUGAAUUGGAUUAUGUCGAAGAAAGAACAGUGGUAAAUGUGAUGUAUCGACAUGUGGAACGAGAAUUUGCACCGGAGCAACUGGCAGCCAUGGUGAUGGAACGUUUACGGCAAAUGGCCGAGGAACGUCUCGAAGGCCAACCGGUCACGGAUNUCACGGAUGUAGUACUGUCUUGUCCAGCAUCAUUUAACACAUGUCAACGAGAGGCCCUGAUCAAUGCGGCUCGCGUUGCUCGAAUGCGUGUGGUGAGCUUGUUGAAUGAGACCACAGCAGCGGCGAUUACUUACCGGGUGGAGAUGGAAUGUAAAACACCACAGAAGUUACUCGUAUUCGAUAUGGGUGGGGGUGCCACAAACGUAUCCAUUUUGUCGGUCAACGAUGAGGCGUUUGACGUGAUUGCUUCCACAGGAAAUAAUGCAUUAGGUGGAGAGGACUUUACGAAUCGGUUGAUGAAUCAUUUUGCCACAGAAUUCAUGAAUAAGUACGGAACCGAUUUGAGAGUGAAUAAACAAGCCAUGGAAAGGUUACGUCAAGCAUGUGAUGUUGCCAAGUGCACAUUGAGUGUUCAACCUCAGGCUCAUAUCAGUUUGAAUGACCUGCAUGAAGGAAUACACUUUACGUCCCGAAUCACACGCCCUUGUUUUGAACAGUUAUGCCAGAGUCUAUUCAAACGAAUUCAAGCAUUGCUGGAGUUUGUGCUACGUGAAUCGCGCUUGAAAGUACAGGAAAUCGACGAUGUUAUUUUGCUCGGCGGAUCCUCCCGAAUUCCACAAGUUCAGACAAUAAUUUCCGAUUGCUGUGGUGGCCGAACUCUCAAUCGCCUACUGAGCCCAGAAGAGGCGGUAGUUUAUGGAACCGGCGUGUUCGCAAGAAAUUUUGAAGAGUCCAAACAAACCAACGGAUUUGACUCCAAAUUCAGACCAUGUGUUACGGAUGUGAUCGCACACAGUUUGGGUGUUGAAGUGAAUGAUGACACCUUUAAUCCAAUCGUUCAGCGGAAUAGAAUAUUGCCUCUGAAAGCCUACAAGACUUACACAACAGCAUUUCUCAAGCAGUCUACCGUACGAUUUAAUCUGCUGGCUGGAGACUAUUUGUUGGCCAAGUAUGAUGACGAUAUUGGGACCAUCAUAAUCUCGGAUCUACCACCAGAGGCAGCGGGUAAAAUUAAAAUAUGCCUUGCAUUUCAUGUAGACCGCAACGGUAUCCUGAAAAUUUCCUCUUCAACCACCUUGCCCGGCUAUAAUGUUGUCAAACUAAAUAUCCAAAAUCCUUCCGUCUCUCUGACCGAAGAAGAAGUUGAGGAGAUGAUCGAGGAGGGGAAAAAACUACUAUUGGAAGAUCAGGAAAAUCGAAAUUUAGCACUUGUGAAACAGUCAUUGCUGGAAUAUGUCGAGAAGAAACGUAAACAGUUGCUCAGAGAAUUCGCAUCCGGUUCUGUCUCGGAUGCCAAUCAUGACAUGUUGCAACAGAAAUAUAACAGUGUUAAACAGUGGGUUGCAGAAAAUCCCGCAUGCAGUAAAUAUCGGUAUAAACAAAAACAGGCCGAGUUGGAUGUGCUGUGGGACGAUGUGUGUAACGGACACAAAGAGCUCGAUUAA